AAUGAUGUUUAAUGAAUCAAAUUAAUUAAAUUUCAUUCAUUCUUUCAUUAUCUUUCAUUCCAGAUGCUACAGAAGGAAUGAUCCUCGGAUCCUUAGGGACACUACAGGGGCUGCAUCAAUAUCGGGAGUCGCUAAACACACUGUAAUACAUCAUAUUUGAACACUGCUGGUCUGAGUAAAUAUAAACAUGAGGAAUUAAUUGUUCUGUAAACGUUAGAGGCCAUGUCUGUGGUACUCUAUUAUUGCCAUAUUUCAGGAGAGGUCAUUGACACUAGUCCUAGGAGUGUUGUUGGUUGUCCUGGACUGUGAAUGAUUGACUAUUAGAUACACUUGUAUCCUAUGUCACCUGCCCCAAUGCCAGUCAUGUUUGAUAUACAUUAGCAUUGUUACCCGUCACGGACCAUGAAUUUUGGAAUGUUUCAUACCUCUAGUAUGGUAUAUUGUCAUAUUAUAUCACCUGCCUCGUUACUAGUCAUAUUUGGUGAUAUUAAGGCACAUACAAAUUGCUGCUGAUGAAUAAUAGUAUUUUAAUGUUCCAUGUUAUGAAUUGUACACUUAUUCUAAAUAUUUCAUUAUCACAAAGUAUAAAUCACUACAGACCAUACAAUGUUUCUCCUGCCAAUAAGGACCAAGACAUUCCAGGGCCCCCGCAUGACUUGCAUCAUGACAGCAGAGACGUUCGACGUGAUCCAUUUCACCAAGAACUCUUACCAAGGGACACGACUCUCGGGAUCCCUGUACCAUCGAACGGUGAUAUCUACGUUUCAUCGGAUGGCGUACCGCCUGAUGAUGGCACUGAUGUCGAUGUUGUUGUUCAUGGUUAUGUGUGUAAUAUUUGCUGUCAGUUACGUUUCCAUUCACAUGUUCUUGAGGUUUCAGAUCUCGUUCACAGUGAUUCUUGUGAAUGUACGGCGACAACCCAUCAACUUUCGCUAUGCAAAUAACUACUCGCUACUGUUUCUCCACAUUCUGUUGAUGUGUAUUGGUGGUUUUGGAUACAUAUGUCUUAUUUAUGUCGAUAUUUGAUUGAUAAUAUUUAUUUGUAUUUUUUGUUUAGGUACAUUAAAUUAUUCAUUUUGUUGAAAA